AUGGUCAAAAAGCACUUGAAAAAUAUCAGACUUGCCAGCGGUAAGACUAAUGGACAGAUUAAGCUCCCUGUGGCUGCACCUCUAGCUGUUCCAGAGUUAGGACGCAAGGGUUUUGUCUCACGCUACAACGACCCAAACCAUCCUGUGAACAAUGGAAAAAUUUCUUCGGUACUUACUGGGAGCUUGUUUGGGAGCAAGUCUGGUCUAAUUGAGCGGGCUGCCACUUCCAUCAAGGGAUCACACGACUCCAAAAGAAUUGCUCGAGGGGAACCUAGAAGUGAACCGAUUAAAGAGAAAUGGCAGCGAUAUCAGCGCAAGAAGAAGCCCGGCCUUGCUAAGAAUGUUCUGCAGCAGGAUGUGCUUUAUCGCCUCAACGUCAACAUGCCGACCGAGGACGAGUUGCAGCAAUCAAUUGCUCAAUUGGAACAUCUCAUGCAGCAGGCUGGGUAG